AUGGUUCGACUGCCGGAGCCCACGCCCGUUCCUGCCAACGUCCAUAUAAACGGCACAAACAACCAUCCAGAGGAAGACCAGAAUGCCAGGGAAGAGAAAUUCUCGGUACCUGCUCUCCAGCUUCAAAUCCAGGAUCUCAAGCAUCCCGGGGCAACACGUUUCCUCAACGCUGUCAACGCAACCGACAGCUUAACCACCGGCACCGUGAAUCUCCUCAAGCUCCUCUACCACAAGCCCUCCGACCCAGAGACAACAGUCCCGCCGACCAGCUCCGUGACGCUCUUCCUCGAAAACUUCCCCGGCGUGGCCUACACCGUGGGCUCCGGUGCAGACAACAACGUAAAGGAGAUUCACUUCUCGCUGCCGUACAUUGCCCAAAUCAACCCUUCUCGCAUAGCCGAGGAGAUAAACGGCGUAAUCACCCACGAGCUUGUCCACUGCUUCCAGUACAACGGCCACGGCGCUGCGCCAGGCGGCCUCAUCGAGGGCAUCGCAGACUGGGUGCGCCUCCACUGCAAUUUGUCUCCUCCGCAUUGGAAGCAAGAGGUUACAGAGAACUGGGACGCCGGAUAUCAGCACACGGCGUAUUUCUUGGAAUUUCUGGAACAGCGCUUUGGUCGCGGGACUGUUCGCCGGAUUAAUGAGAAAUUGAGGGGAAGCAAGUAUCACGAGCGGGAUUUCUGGAUAGAGCUUUUUGGUCAAGAGGUUGAAGAAUUGUUUACAGAGUACACACAAUCACUGCAAUAG